AUGGCGCGGGUCUACGCAGAUGUCAACCAGAACAUGCCCCGCAGCUACUGGGACUACGACAGUGUGAACAUUAGCUGGGGCGUUCUCGAGAACUAUGAGGUGGUCAGGAAAAUUGGCCGUGGAAAGUACUCGGAGGUCUUUGAGGGCAUCAAUGUCGUCAACUACCAGAAGUGCGUCAUCAAGGUUUUGAAGCCUGUUAAGAAGAAGAAGAUCAAGCGUGAGAUCAAGAUCCUGCAGAACCUGGCGGGAGGUCCCAACGUCGUCGCGCUGCUGGAUGUAGUUAGAGAUUCGCAAAGUAAGACGCCAUCUCUCAUCUUUGAGCACGUCAACAACACCGAUUUCCGAAGCCUUUACCCCAAGUUUAACGACCUCGAUGUCCGAUACUACAUCAACGAGCUGCUGAAGGCUCUUGACUUCUGCCACAGCAAGGGCAUCAUGCACCGCGACGUCAAGCCUCAUAACGUUAUGAUCGAUCAUGAGAACAGAAAGGCAUGUCUUCUUGCUUUAAGAAGUUUUUUGACUUGGGGCUAA